AUGUUUUGGGGCAUCAGUCCAGCUAUUGAUUUGCAAGAAGAAUAUUUAAAACGUGGCGAUGAAAACGCCUACGAGCUCAAUUUUCUCGUUAUUGGGGGCUGCGAUGGCAGACAUCUCCUCAAGACGCUCUCUCAAGCGUACCGUCAUAAUAGGCGCUACAUGAAUAUAUUCGUCGUUGAUGGAUGUCCAGAGCUCAUAGCCAGGCAGUUGCUUCUUACAUCUAUGGCGCUAGAGAAGACUACCAGAUGUGGUCUCCUAGAAAAGACAAGACGUUACCUCGAAGUGUACGGGAACCUCCUACUACGUCCUUCUACAUCAAGGUACUUGAUUGCAAAAUCUCGUCAGUUAGUUGGUAUGGUGACUAAUCUCGAGUACAUGAAUGGUCUUCUAUCAUGUGUAUCUAUAGAACAAAUGAAGUAUCGUGAACGUGACUAUAUGGAAAAUCUUUUAAACUUUUGGACUACUGGCAAUACUAAUCAGUUCAACGCUUGCGAACUAUGGGAGCAUCGCUUGAGGCAUAGCCUUGGCACGAGAUACGACCACAGAUUAGGAGUCUUCGAUUGGGAUUACCACAUGAGGUUGAAGGAGAUUGCUGAACGUAUCUGUUUUCCAGAGUAUAAACACUUUAGAGAACACGGUGUGUCAUUCACGUGGCUUGAAACUGAAGUCUGCCGUCCAAAUGUGAGUUUAGCAGCUGGCGUUUGUAAGUGUGGUGAUAGAUACUUGCAUAGAGGCUACUUAGGAGAUUUAGUAACUUCUCCGUAUUUCGGAUAUGGAUUAGAUUGUGAAGAUAAGGAUAUGUUAAAAUCCUCUCAUGGUGUAAACCACAAACGUGCUACAGAUAUAGCGGAGCGUAAUGUCAUGAGAAUGUUGUACGAACUGGAAAAUCGGGAUAGUUUUGAUGUGCAUACCAUGAAUUUAGAAAAUGAAAAGAAUUUAGGCAUGGUCAUAUUAAACGAUAUUGAUGCUAAAAUAUCUGAAAGUGGACCAGAAGCGCCUUUACUACUGCGUGAAGAUCGCGAUACUUACAUAAAUGUCGAUUACGGAAAACUUCAUUUUCUAUCCCUAUCAGCGCUGGAUCAUUACCCACAUAAGCCUCAGUUUCAGGGGUUAUUCCAUGGCGUAUAUGUUGGGCACAACAUGAUUGCCCGCGUGAAGCCCAGUGUGUGGUCCAUGGCGAGGGAUGAUGCUCUAGUACUGAUGGAGUCUAGGAAGUAUAUGGUAGAACUGAAAAGAGACGAUGUUAAGGCAUUUGGAGAACAGAUCCAGCAAGCUGCAACGGCUGCCCAGUGUGAGAAGAUCUGUUCUUUUGAUCCGGAAAAAGAUGAUUUUGCCAAAUUUCUGAUCAAACGUCGGAGUGAGAGUAUCGAUGAGUCUUAA